GGUGGCGCUGUUUCAAAAUCAGCAACACUGGUAGGGGCGGUAUUGCAAAAAAGUGACGUCGGUAUUUCGUCGGCUACUUCUGGGAUAGCUCCCCGUUCAUUGUUAAUGCUGUUUUUGGUUCUUGUGAUUGAUUUUUAACAGUAUUUAACUUCCACUGCAGGGAAUAUUGAACGAAAGAUUAUUAGGAAGUCCUCAAGAUGUCCUACAUGUUAACACAUUUACACAAUGGAUGGCAAGUGGACCAGGCCAUUCUGUCAGAGGAAGACCGUGUAAUUAUUAUACGUUUCGGACAUGAUUGGGAUCCACUUUGUAUGAAAAUGGACGAGGUGCUUUUUGGCAUUGCAGAUAAAGUGAAGAACUUUGCAGUUGUGUACGUCGUUGAUAUUACAGAAGUGCCAGACUUUAAUAAAAUGUACGAGUUGUACGACCCAUGUACUCUAAUGUUCUUUUAUCGUAACAAGCAUAUCAUGAUUGAUUUAGGAACGGGUAACAACAACAAAAUUAACUGGCCGCUUGAAGACAAGCAAGAGAUGAUUGAUAUCAUAGAGACUGUAUUUCGUGGAGCACGAAAGGGGCGAGGUCUAGUAGUAUCACCAAAAGAUUACUCAACGAAGUAUCGUUAUUAAAAAAAUCAAAUUGUAUCUUUUCUGUGUCUAUUUGUCAGUAAAGUUUUGACAAAGCCUGAUGAAACUACCAUGACCAGAGUUAAAACAGUGCUGGUUAGAUUAAUUUGUAGUAUUUGGUGAUGGCCAUACAAUAAAAACCAUGCACUAGAGAGCAAUGCCAUCACUCACAAAGAGGCAUGACUACCAUAGUAGGAUGCGAGACACAUUUUUAUUUUAGUAACAAUUGAAAUAGAGUUAAACAAGGGCGAGAUUGUUCCCCCUAAUUGUAAUAUACAGUAGGUGUAAAGUGCUAAUUCACUAGGGCUGGAUUUUUGUAACCAGUGUUUAAGAACAUGUAUACUAUACAUGCAUCACAAUUCAAGACGGUCAAGAUAGUCUAUCAACUGCUGUAUCCAGUCCACCCCAGGAUUUAAAGUGCAGUAUAAUAUGUUGUACCUGUAAUGUUUUUGAUGGAAAUAAAUUUGAUGUCAGCUUUUUAUUAGAAUGAUCUAUUGACUUUCUUAGUUUUCCAUUUCAUUUAGUCAAUGACAUAA